GGCUGUACGAGUAAAGGGGGAUGCUAUGUUGUCAAAGUAUGGCCUCAUUUAUUAGAGUCCUUAGACCAGGUGUGUAUUCUAUAGCUGUUCGAGUCAAACCAGGUUCUAAGAUGACCGGCUUUGCCUCAGUUGCGAAUUCUUCCGAUGAGGAGCUCGAAGUACGCCUGGCGGCUCCCCCGGUGGAAGGUCAAGCCAACAAGGAACUCGUGGACUUCAUGCAAACAACCUUGGAGAUGGGCGUGCGGGAGCUUCGGAAUUCCGCCUUACCUCCAGAGGAAUUUUUCGCCGGUAUUUCACACAUCAUGUCGAGACCCACCCUCUUUGAUGUUCCUAAGGUGGGCAAUGAUGCUGUGGAAGGGGGCACUUCCAACCUUCGUAGGAAAGUAAAAGGGAAGGGUAUGGACAAGCCCAACGGUCGUAGUAAAAUGGGCGACUCGAAAGAUAAAAGCAGAGUCAUUCAUGUAAGUGAAAACGCACCCUUGCUUCCAACGCGUGUGGAAGUUCGUGUUGCUCGUGGCACCACAUCUCGAUCUAAGCUACUUGAAGUAGAGUUCCCUGGUUCGGAAUGGGAGUUAGCUUGUCUACUGGAGAAGGCCUCUCUCUAGUAAAAAGUGUGCGAAAGCAAAAGGCUUUCAAAGAAAAAGAGAAAGAAAAACAGUACUAGCGAUAUCAUUGUAAAGAUAUCAAAGAGCUUGUUGACUUGUGUCUAAGAAAGCUGGGAGACAUCA